GAUACCAUCAACACUAACUGUCAAUCAUGUGGUAAUACUGUAUAUCCUAUAGAUGAGUUUUAUAGAGAGAACUGUAUGAAGUCAUGUGGUGUUUGUACAGCUACUCCCACGAAUGUUGCUCUUGGUCAACAAUUUGUACAGCAGAGUUCUACAAAAUAUGGGGGUAAUGCUUCUAGAGCUGUAGAUGGUGAUACUAAUAGUGAUUUUGUUAAUAGUGGUGGAUCAUGUACUCAUACAAUAGAAAGACAGUCUGGUUGGUGGUGUGUUGAUUUACAACAGUUGUAUUAUUUCAACCAAAUUAAAAUAUAUAACAGACAAGACACGAGGUGGUGGAGUAGGUUACAGGGAUUUGAGAUAAGGACAGGUUUUGGCGGCCAAUGUAAUCAAACAGGAUUUCAAUCCUCUACAUCAUGUUUUAAGGAUACAACAUCAACAAUACAGUCUGUUUAUACUGUAACAGGAUGUAAUCAAGGUUCAUCUACAUCAUUUUCUGGUAGAACUGCCUAUGUGUCAAGCCGUAACGACUCCUUAACAUUGUGUGAAGUUGAAAUAUUUUCAGAUCUAGCACAAUGUAAUACUGGUUACUACAGUACAUCAAGAUAUACAUGUCAACCAUGUAAUACCUGCCGUGGCGACAGCUGUGAUUCUACUACUGGUGUUUGUACUAGAGAUUGUAAAACAGGUUUUUAUGGUACAAAACGUCAACAGAACUGUGGUAAUGGUUGUUUAAACAAUCAAUGUUCUAAAUCUGAUGGUAAAUGUAAUGACUGUAAACCUGAUACAGUUGGUCCAUACUGUAACCUAACAUGUGGUAUAGAAUGUCAACCAAGCCCAGACCAGACCAGUGUUACUUGUGAUAGAAAUGGUUUAUGCACUAACUGUAUUAUUGGAAGAUAUGGUGAUAGAUGUGAUAUGAACUGUAGUGAAGUAUGUGCCUGUGGAUGUUAUAGGAAUGUUGGGAAAUGUACAUGUUGUAUUGCAGAUGGUUUAGGUCUAGGUGAAUGUACAACAAUAAGUCGUGUGGUAUAUGUUGCAAUUGGUGUUCUAUGUGGUAUACUUGGUUCGUUAACUGCCUUCCUGUCAUGUCAUCUCUACAAGAAACGGUGUGACGCAUGUGAGCACAAGGGAGUCACUGUUCCUGAUUAUAUUUACAGUAAUACAGAUUUGAACCCGCCUAGUUCUACAUCAGAUGAUGCAGUAACCACUGCAUAUCAAAAUAUUCCAACUAAUACACGUAAUGUAGAAUAUGAAAACCAGUCGUUUAAUACAGAAGACAAUACGAUAAAUAUGUACGAUACAUUAGAUCACACAUCAGACGAUACGCCAAAUACAUAUACAUCUAUCAAAUAGGUAUAAUACUGUAUAUUGUAUAUAGAAUAGAUGCAAUAAUGUAUACUGUACAUGUAUGAUAUAUUAGAUUAUACAUUAGAUAAUACAUGUAAAGAUAAUCAAACAUUCUAACAUAAUCAAAUAGAUGUAAUAAUUCAAUUGUAUAUGAGACAUAUGUAUGAUACAUUAAACCACACAUUAGAUAAUAAAUGGAAUGGGGUGUAACUUCCGGAUUUUAAAUUGCAUCCGGGGUAUUAAAGACGGGCAGAUGCAUCUAUAGAUUUCAACAAAAUCAAAUAGAAAUUUUAAUAAAACAUGAUAUAUUGAGUUAAAUUUAAUACUUUUAUAUAAUGUUCAUAUAAUAUGAAGAUAAAUUGUUUAACUUCCCAUGCAUUAAAAAUUCUCUUGAAGGCAUUUAUCAUAACAAUCCAUGCUUAUAUAUCUAAAGAUGAAUAUUUUGUAAACAUUAUUCUAUAUUAUGUUUAUAACGUUAUUAAUAAUCAAUAAUUGCAUAUGUAAAGUACCCACCAAAACUAUUCUAUAUUUAUUGAUGAAAGAACUAUUUCACUUAGAUUUUAUAUACGAAACACUUCAACAAUGAAUCAACACUGUAGAUUUUAUGUAAGAAAUAUUUAGUGUUAAAAUUUUAUAUACGAAAUACUUCAAUAAAAU